CACAUAUACACCAUUUCUCAAGGGCGCAAAUGGGGCUGGGAGACAUGUCCCCCGAGUUAUAUUGGGACCCUGAUCUGUCCUUCCUACUUUCGAGGGGAAUAUAACACGAAACUUCGAUAAGCAGCAUCCUUAAUUAGGGUUGGAUUCAUUUAUCUUAAUUUAUCAUUUGUCUUAAUUUAUCAAACUGUCGACAAUCAAACUACUCGCAGCAUGUGGUAGCUGCAGGUAGAAGUAAACACCCGCGUUCCCAUUUUACCUACAUACGGAGAUGAAGGGAGAGACAGAGUAAAAGUACACGCAUUCCUCUUAGCCUACACACGGCUUCAAAAUGUUCCACUUCCACGUUAACUUACCGAUUUAACUAAAGAUAUAUAAACACGGAUUUCACUUCCUAAAACGUUUUAUUCGAAAACUGCUAUCCUUUUAGCAUUUGUGACUUGCGCAUCCUGUUUGCUGGUUUGAGGACCUGAACAAGUUGAGAACUGAGUUACCGAAGUUGUGCCGGAUUCAGUUUUGGUCACACGGAACAAAGCGGUAUGCCAUACAGAAAAAAAGCAAUCCGGAAAAAAACAAAGAUCUAUCACAGCUUUAUUUUAAAUAGCAAGAAAUGUAAGUAGACAAAAAUCUAUACAGGUUAAAUCUAAUACCAAGCCGACGAUAACGAUUUCAUCUAAGUAUGAUAUAACGUCUGUUAGAAUACAUCUAUGAAUGUGUCUUUACGUAAUGUGUAACAUUACAGUAUACUGGAGUUCAGUAAAUUUAAACUUGCAGCACAUUAUAGAAAAGGCUAUCUGUUGUUCAUGCUGUUGUCCAAUAGGCCAUUUGUGGGUGAUUGGCCGCUGCAUACCAGUCAACAAAAUAACGUUGUAUGUAUGUUGGCCAGUGUCUGUCAAAAUAUUUAGCAUGGCUAGUUAAACUGAAAAGUUGGGACCUUUUACUCACUGUUUGUUUCCCUACCACUUCAAAAAUGUUUGUUGUGCCCUUGCCAUUGGAAAAUGAUGAAGGAGCAGCCAAUGCACAGGCAUUGUUUUCUGUUUUAUAACACCCUGCAGUUUAUAGAAGCCAAAGGUUACUCGGUGGAUAAAAGGCAUUUCCUGCCAUUUCCUGGCCAAGUUAAGCAGGCUGGACUCUCGGUCCCGUUGUGCAACAUGUCUGCUUCUGCCAGGGUGAUAGUCAUUGGGGCAGGGUUAGCGGGUUUGGCUGCUGCAGCCACAUUGUGUAAGGCCGGCUUUCAGCAUGUGCUCAUCCUUGAAGCCACGGAAAAGCCGGGGGGUCGCAUUGACACCACCCGACCCUUUGGCUCUGACAUAAUCGAGCUGGGGGCAAACUGGAUUCAUGGGCGGAAAAACAACCCACUGUACACCCUGGCAAAGGAGCAUGGCCUUCUUCAUGAGGUGGCUGGCGCCAGCACCAUGUGCCUGCCCAACUCUGUCACCCCUGAUGAUUACUUCUUCAGGGAGGAUGGACAGAGGCUGCACCCUAGUGAUGUGGAGCAGGUAUGUGCCCUCUUUGGUAGACUGACUGCCAGGGCCUUCGAUGGCGAGCUGGAGGGCAGAUACCUGUCUGGGAGCCUGGGUCAUUACCUGGAUGAAGCGUUUGUUGAGGUAUUCCCAGACCCAACCCAGGAGAGCAGGGAGGUCUUCGAGUGGUGCAAGAGGAGUGAGUGUACAGACGAGGCCAGCUCCUCCCUCUAUGAGGUGUCCGCCUCCCAGAUAAGCCAUUACAUCGCACUGGAGGGGGGUUUCUUCAACACUCUUGGAACCCUCGGCUACCAGGGUCUGCUGGACGUCCUGCUGAAGUGCUUCCCCCAGGGGGCAUUGAUUUGCAACAAGCCAGUGCAGUGUGUCCGGUGGACCAUGGACAGCGCUGGCCAGCAUGGCAAGGAAUCUCAACCUGUAAAGUUGGUUUGUGAGGACGGUCAGGAAUAUGAUGCUGACCAUGUGAUCGUGACUGCGUCGCUGGGCUUCCUUCAGGAGAGGGCAGCGGACAUGUUUGAGCCUGCCCUACCCGAUUCGAAGGCUGGCGCCAUACAGAAACUGGGCUUUGGCACCGUGGACAAAAUCUUCCUGAAGUUUGAUGAGCGCUUCUGGCCAGACGACUGUGCCGGGAUACAGUUAGUGUGGAAGCACAGCCCUGAGGAACCCAGGGGCCAGGAGGGGCUGACGCAGGAGGGCGAUCCAUUCAAGACUUGGUACAAGAAGAUCUGCGGCUUUGAUGUGGUGGCCCGCCACCCUACAGUGUUGUGUGGCUGGAUCACUGGCCGGGAGGCUGAGCACAUGGAGACUCUGAGCGACGAGGAGGUUGGGGACAUCUGUGUGAGCUUGCUCAGGACCUUCACCUCUUGGCCAGUGCCCAAGCCGAGCCGGGUCCUCCUGUCCAGGUGGCGGCGCCACCCCUUUGUGCGGGGAUCCUAUACUUACGUGCCAUGUGGUGUGGAUGCUGUUCAUGAACACCAGGCCUUGGCGGAACCACUGCCCCUCAGCCCUGUCCAUGCAGAAGUGAAGCCACUCCAGGUUCUGUUUGCGGGUGAAGCCACUCACAUAAACUUUUAUACCACCACCCACGGUGCCUACAUCACUGGUGUGAGGGAGGCUGAGAGACUCAUCAAUCAUUAUGCAACACAGUGAUCUGUCGUAUAAGACAAGGUGGAGGACAGUUACUGCAUGCGAUCUUUUAUGUCUGUUGGGUUCAGUGACACAUUUCCUUUAAAAGGAGCCUCACAGCUCUGCAUGGUAUAUCACCUUCAGAUGCUCCAUGUGUUCUUUUUAAUUUCCACCAGGAUGUGCAAUUUUGAUUGGCCACUUGGGGAGGGCCUAGUUAGCACGCCACAUAACCUCAGAGUAUCCAUACAUGCCAUGGGGUUAGGCCCAAAAUCACAGCUAAUAGCUGAUUAAAGCUGAGUGCAGACUAGUGGUAUGUACACCUACACAAAUCCAUUGGUUUAUUAAAUUAAUUUAGCAAUUAUUUUCUGAAUCUUAUGUACUCUGUGUAAUUUAAUAUGGAUUAAUUUAGCAUUUUUCCCAAAAUAAACAUUGAUUUCAAAAAAUGGUUUCUUGAAAUAUGAAAUGCAGUGAAAAUGACUUUUCAGUCUUGAAUGUAUAGACUUUAACAUAACCUGAAUGCACAUAAACUGGAUUAGAAUUGGAUAUAUCUGAUCAUGACACCCAGCUGGCAUGU